CCGGCCCCCCCUGGCUGCCCCCCUGGCUGGCCGAGCGGCUGGCGGCGGCGCUCAGCAGCGCCUGCUUCGGCGACCCGCUGCUGGGGGCGCACCUGGGGCUGGGGCUGGCGGGAGGCGCGGGGGCGGUCACCAGGCUGCAGUUGUGGAACGGCCUGACCGCGGAUAAGGCCCUGCACCUGCUGCCGCCCCUCUCGAGGUGCCUCGGAAGCGCCGUACAGUACCUCGGACCACCACCUUCUCCCUCCUCCUCCUCGCCCUCCCUGGAUCCCGCCUUCCUUGCUGCCGUACAACGCUCCUUGGUGGAGGGAGACCUGGAGCGAUCCCUGCUGCCCGCCCCCGAAACCACACAAACACCUUCACCCGCACCCUCCUGCUCCUCCCCCUCCGCCCUGGCCGCCGCCUGCCUGGCUCGCGGCUGCUCCUCCCUUGCGGGUGACGUGGCGCUGCAGCUGCUGGCCACCUGGCUGCUGCGGAGGG